UGAUGUACCAUACACACAAAUAUGUACGUAUUAUUACAAUACAAAUACCUGUUCUUUAACCUUUUUGCGAUUUGUAUUAAAUUUAUAAUCAUAUUGGCAGAGUCUUAUCGCUUUUUCAAAUUACAUGAUCUUUUCACAAUUGAAAUUUACUUAUUAAAAAAUGCAAAUUAUGUAAAAUUAUUGCAUACCAUAGCGCGUACAUACAUAUUAUAUUAUACUAGGUAUUAAUUAAACUAUACUAGGUAGUAUUAGUGUCCCUCACUAAAACUAAAAGUCAAUUUCAUAAAGUUUCGUCAGCACCACGCGAACGAUUUUGUAAAAGUUAAUUACCGGCGAACAGAUGGAAUAUUUUAAAUUGAAAUAGUCCGGCCUGUCUUACAUAAAUGAAACACGUUUUGUCAUUAGUUUAUAAGUGUAGUGUAUUUAGUAAAUAUCAAUCAGCUGUGUGCAGUCAUAUCAGACUCUCUCAUAAACUCCAUAUCGAACAGUGGGGUAGCAAUAAGCUCCACAGAAAGAUCAAAAUACCAAAUCCUCAACGAGAAAUAAUCAUGGCUGAUCCUAAAAUUGAGGCAAUCUUGGCGCCCCUUAGGGCUCACGUGAAAGAGCAAGGUGAUUUGGUGAGAAAAUUAAAGGAUGAAAAGGCCCCUGAAAUUGACAUAAAAAAGGCUGUAGCUGAAUUAAAGGCAAGGAAGAAGGUGUUGGAAGACAAAGAACUCAGCUUGGCGCCAGCAGAAGAACUUUUUGAUCGAGCUAAAAUGGAAGACCUCAUCAAAAGAAGGUUUUUCUAUGACCAGUCAUUUGCUAUCUAUGGCGGCAUAACCGGGCAAUUUGACUUCGGUCCUAUGGGCUGCGCCCUCAAAAGCAACAUGAUCCAGCUGUGGAGAAAAUUCUUCAUUCUGCAAGAACAAAUGCUGGAGGUAGACUGCUCCAUACUGACCCCAGAACCAGUUUUGAAAGCUUCUGGUCACGUCGAAAGGUUUGCUGAUCUGAUGACCAAGGAUGCCAAGACUGGAGAGUGCUUCAGAUUAGAUCAUUUAAUUAAAGCCCACUUGGAAAAAAUUAAAAGUGAGAAAAAUACAAAAGCUGAAUUGAAGGCUGAAAUUGAAGAUAUUAUUGUUAAAUUGGAUGGUAUGACUGCAGAUGACAUGUCAGGCCUCAUGAAAAGGUUUGAUAUGAAGUCUCCUAUCAGUGGCAAUGAGCUCACACCGCCGAUAGAGUUCAAUCUCAUGUUCAAUACUCAGAUUGGGCCAUCUGGAUUAGUGAAAGGUUUCCUGAGGCCAGAGACUGCUCAAGGCAUCUUUGUGAAUUUCAAACGUUUGUUAGAAUUCAAUCAAGGCCGCCUCCCAUUUGCUGCAGCACAAAUAGGCAAUUCUUUCAGGAAUGAAAUCUCUCCUCGAUCCGGUCUGCUCAGAGUAAGAGAGUUCACUAUGUGUGAGAUUGAACACUUCUGUGAUUCUAAAGAUCAUCCUAAGUUUGAUUUAGUAAAGGACACAAAGAUGCUGCUUUACUCUGCCGAUAACCAGGAACAAGGACGGCCAGCUGAAAUUAUUACCAUAGGUGAAGCAGUUGCUAAAGGCAUUGUCAAUAAUGAGACUUUGGGAUAUUUCAUGGCUAGAAUACACUUGUACUUAUUGGCUGUAGGUAUUGAUGUUAAGAAGCUGCGGUUUAGGCAACAUAUGGGCAAUGAGAUGGCUCACUAUGCUUGUGACUGCUGGGAUGCCGAAUGUCUAUCCAGCUAUGGCUGGGUCGAGUGUGUUGGCUGUGCUGACAGAUCUGCUUAUGACUUAACUCAACACACAAAAGCUACAGGAAUAAGAUUGGCUGCUGAGAAGAAAUUGCCAGCACCUAAACAAAUUGAAGUUGUAGAAACUGUUGCUAACAAAGCUGCUAUUGGUAAAGAGUUCAAAAAGGAUGCUAAGGUUAUCAAUGACGCACUAGCAGCCAUGGACAAUGCCGCCCUGGAGAGUCUGCAAAAGCAGCUGGAAUCUGCUGGAGAAUACCUUCUUGCCACUCCUAAUGGGGAUUUCAAACUCACUUCUAACCUUGUCAGUGUAAAGAGAAGUCAAAAGACUGUCCAUGUAGAAGAAAUAAUACCUAGUGUGAUUGAGCCAUCAUUUGGAAUUGGCAGAAUUCUCUACAGUGUUUUAGAGCACAACUUCAGAAUGAGGGAAGGUGAUGAGCAAAGGACUUAUUUUUCUUUACCUGCCACAGUAGCUCCAAUGAAGUGUGCUGUGUUGCCAUUGAGUGGCAAUGCCGAAUUCCAGCCAUUUGUGAGACAACUGAACCAGCUUUUGACUGAUGUGGAUGUGUCCCACAAGGUUGACGAUUCUUCAGGCUCGAUUGGGCGUCGAUAUGCCCGUACAGAUGAGCUAGGCGUCCCAUAUGCCAUUACUGUAGAUUUUGACACAACAAAAGAACCACACACAGUGACUCUCAGGGAAAGAGAUAGCAUGGGUCAAGUAAGGUUACCAUUGACUGACGUGCCAGUCGUGGUGCGAGACCUCUCAAACAGCAAGAUUUCUUGGGCUGAUGUAGAACAAAAAUAUCCCAAAUUUGAACAACAAGAGAAUGUGAAAGGCGCUGCAGCAUAGAUGACACAAAAUGAUAUUUGAUCAGAUGUGAUGUGACUACUAAUGAUCUGUCUUUCACAUAAAUGUUUAUUUAUUGUUAGCUUAAGCUUUGACAUUGCAAUGUUUUCCAGUUAAAUUUGGAUUUAUUAUUGUAUAAAUAAAGUGCUGAUAAAAUUGCAA